ACUUAGAUACAGAAACAGAAAUACUGAAGAAGAUACCAAGAGCUGGCUAAGAAAACAGGAUGACAGAGAAAAAGAAAGAGAAAGUCAAGUGCGUGUGUGACACGCGGUGGUGCCUGAAAGCGAUUUCUUUCCACUCAGACGUGAAGGGUCGUCUGAUAACGCUGAGUGACGGCGGACGUCGGGUUUCCAGGGACGAGUCGUCUUUCUGCCACGGGCUGACGUUCAGCGGGCGAGCGGUGAAGACCGAGGAGAAGCUGCGCCUGCGGGUCGAGCGCUGCGGCGGAGACUGGCACGGAGCGCUGCGGCUCGGAUUCGCUCAUGUGUCACCCGAGCAGACAGCUUUACCCCCUCUGGCCAUCCCAGACCUGACCAACUCUCCGCUGUACGCCGCAGUGAUAGUCCCCGAGCACAUCUGUCGCCCAGGCUCAGAGAUUGAGUUCAUGCUGAAGAAGAACGGCAGUCUGAGGAUACGAAGCUCUGAUGGCAGAACACACACGGAACAGACCACCCUGAACCCCAAGUGGCCCGUCUGGGCGAUGAUUGACGUCUAUGGGCAGACCACGGCAGUCACAAUGCUCGGUUCCAAAAUGAAGCGCUGGGUCUUCACCAGUCGGUCCUGUCCUGCUCUCACACACAUCAGACACACUGAAGAUAAAGAAACGCAGGAGAGAAAGAUACAAAUGAGCAUGCUGGAACCGAGAAACCUGAGAAACCAUCACCUUGACAGCACAGAUCAUGAAGCUCCAGACUGUGAGGAGUGUGUGGUGUGUUACAGUAAUGUGGCAAACUGUUGUCUGAGCUGCGGUCAUAAAUGUGUGUGUACUCCAUGCGCCAUGAGGGUUCACAUGAUGUUUGGGACCUGUCCUCUGUGUCGUCAGCCCUUGGGUUCCUUCCAUCCCUAUGACCACUAGCUUUCUUCCCAGCUCAAGUGGCCAUACAGUUUGUUGAAUGUACAUUGAAUGUAUUUUAAGUUCUUAUGUGCUGCUGUAAUGUACA